CUAUAUCUCGUGAUUAUUGAUCUACAUGUCCUCUGCUAACGCAUAGACAUAUGGAUUAUGAGAUAGCCCAGACCUCACGUUCUUCGAGGUUGAACAAACUAGUGAAGCCCAGUAGAGGUAGCAAAAAGAAGGGUUUGACAAACAUGUCAGUGUACAGACUUGGCAAGAGCCUUGCCGGUCGCACGAACCCCGAGGGUGACAAAUCCGAGAAGGACGAGGGGGCCCAAAACGACAAGGACGACGAAGAACACUUUGAAGAGGGCGAGGUGGACAGAACAGUCGAGAAUGAGGAACAGAGCAAACCCGCAGAUUGGGUCAGCACAUAUAGCAACCCCGAAUUCGGCAAUGGUUUCUCGAACCCUCCCUCAUUUCCAAACUCCGCAGAUAGCUCUAGCACUUUCAGGCCUAAGCAAUCUAAGCCGGAGCCCGGGAGCGCAAAACUGUCAGCUCCUCCGCUGAACGUUGUGAAGACUCGGAUUACGAUAUCUGAUAAUUUGAGCACCGACGACAACAAGAAGAAUCGGCGUCUCAUGGCUUUGAAGCCCAAAUUACCAAAGUCUGCUUCCACAUCGAAUCCUGACACACCUGCUUACAGUGGUGAGAUUAUGAACUUAAACUGAUGCUCCUAGAGCAGCAGAAUAAGAAACGACUUAUGAUGGCCAGGCAGGAACAAGAGGGCAAAGUCUUUGGCGACAGCGGAAACCCUGGUCUGAUAAUGUCCGACUCUAACAUACUUCAAGCUAAUGCUUACAACUCCCUCAAUCCUGGCGAUCAGAUAAAGAGACGCUCCGCCUACUUGAGUAAUCCCAGUUUACCAUCAUCGCUUCUCCCAGAAAGACCAUCGGCCGGCUCGUAUAGAGGCGAUACGAACUUUGCUCCACAAAGCGGUCCAUUUUAUUCGAGCAUGAACUCUCCAGACUUAAAUAAUAUGGACCCAACGAAUGUGGAUUUCUUCAAGAUGCGUGCUCCCAGCCCUCAUCCUGGAGCUACCUCCAGCCAAAUGAUAUCACAGCAAAUGAUGUUGUUGCAGCAACAACAUCUACAGCAAGAACAAGAACAACAAGAAAAACAAGAACAACAAGAACAACAACAAGUACAAGCGGCCAUGGCGCGUCAGCAACAAACUGCACAGCAAAAUCAACAGCAAAUAGCUAUGGACCGUUCACAAGCUAUCUAUCCGAUGCACGGCAAUUUUUCUCCUAUUCAAAGUGAACCUUUGGACCCUCAAGUAGAUUCCAUUGCCGAUCUGUUAUCAGCCUUGGGGAUCGAUGCUAUCGCAAUGGGCAUUCCUCCAGAAGCUUUAAAUAACUUCCAAUCCUUUAUAGAGUAUCUAUUACACGCGAUACAAGUCAAGGAGCCAAGCCGGUACCUGGUAUUACAUCGCAUCAAGGGUAAAAAAGAGCAAAUAUAUUUUGAUCCCCCAGAAUGGGUUGUGGGACAGUCUCAUACGAGAAUUUUGAAGUCGAGGUUACCACUGUCCAACUUGCCGGAUUUUCUCGAGAAACAUACUGACAUUAGCUUUGUCGUGUUUCGUGACUACGAAGAGAAACACAUGCCAACGAGCAAAGAGACGACCACGACGGCAGCAGACAAGAACACCGGUAUUACAAAGCCUCCAGUGCAUGAAGAAGAAAAAAUACUUGCAGUAACAGAAGAUUUGACAGAGGCGGUCAAAUCGAUACUGAAAUUGAAGCCGGAAUUUUCAGAUCUGUUAACAGGGUUUGAGAAAGAUGGGGCAGAGCUCCAGUCGCCCUUUGUCUUCAUCUACCACUCGCGAGCAGUUAUCCAAAAGUUUAUGGAGGAGACCUCUGAUUCCAGCGCGGUCCGACAGCUGAAGCUCAUGAUCGAGUACAUCUACAAGACCUAUGGAGAAGAAUAUGACACUGCAGACACCAUGUUUCAUGAAUCCCAAGUUGCUAUACCAUAUGUGAAGUACCUGUUCAAGCCAGGAGACGUGCUGGUGAAAGGCACUGGCGCUGACGUAAACGGUUAUGUGUUGAAGACUUGGCCGCGCAAUGUUACCCCAUUUACAGCGGGCCUGAAGGAAGAUGCGAAGAACAAAACUCACUCACAGUAUUGCAUGGAUGUCCGCUCCUGGUCAUUUGACGGUGCAUUCAACCACGUCAGCUCCCAGCUUACAUUAGAAAUUGACGGAAUUGAAAAGACAGAACAUGCUAUCCAAGAUUUGAAUAUCAGACCGAUUGCAUACGCCAGUGAUGAAGAUAGAAAAACACUUCAAAGUCGCGGAGAAAUGUUUUGGAAGUGUAGAGAGAGGCACUUUGUGUCAUAUCAAGAGCGUGGUCGUGGCGAUUUACACGGCGCUAGUGAAGACAGGUUCAUGAUCGACAUGAAGACAUUUCGUGAGCUCCACCCAGAAGAUGAGAAGGAAAAGAUGAAAAAGAAGGAAAAGAAGGCCUCUGAAUCCUUAGACGAAGACGCCAUAGCGCAAGACAGUCCCCCAGAUCCGAGUUUCGUGUACUUGCUUCCUCAGAAGAUCAUCGGCUACAACAUGCGGCGCAAAAAAAAUGGGUUGAGCUACAUGCCGAUUGGUUAUCCGAGGUGGUCUGGGACAAGAAGGCGUUCAAAAAGUUGGUGCUUAGGCAGGAGACGAAGGACCUGAUUGAAGCAUUGAUUGUCAAUCAAAUUGCAGCUGAGAGAUCGACGGAUCUGAUCAGUGGAAAGGGCAAUGGCCUCAUCCUUCUACUGCACGGAGGGCCAGGUACUGGCAAGACUCUAACUGCAGAGAGUGUUGCCGAAAUUGCAGAGAAGCCUCUAUAUAGGGUCACUUGUGGAGACAUUGGAUCAGAACCUGAGGAAGUCGAACAGUAUCUCAAUUCAGUGCUAGACUUGGGCAAAGCCUGGGGCUGCGUCGUUCUGCUCGACGAAGCUGACGUCUUCCUUGAAGAACGAAGUAUGAGCGACAUUAAACGAAAUGCACUUGUGUCUAUUUUCCUCCGCAUUCUAGAAUACCAUGACGGUAUCAUCAUCCUCACCAGCAACCGUGUCGGCACUUUCGACGAAGCGUUCAAGUCGCGCAUUCAACUGGCCUUGCACUAUCCAUCACUGACAAAAGACAAGCGCUAUGAGAUCUGGACAAUGUUCAUAUCGAGGCUCCGAGAGCUUGGAGAGAAGCAAGUCGACUUUUCAAACCUGGAAGACCAUCGGUGGGACUUGGCGGAAUAUAAGCUCAAUGGACGACAAAUUCGAAAUACGAUUCAGACAUCGCGGCAGUAUGUGUCUUGGAAGAAUGCGAAGGAGAAGAUGACGUUGAAUUUUGAGAUUUUGAAAAAGAUUAUCGAGAUUUCAGGAGAAUUUGAUACCUACAUUAACAAAUUGAAUAAUGGGAUGUCUCCGGAUCAAUUAGCUGAGGAGGAUGGGCUGAGACUUGCAGAAGCCAAAGAGUGAGAAUGUAUAUCUAUGUUUAGUCAUAUUGAGUUAAAAGGUUGAAAUUUAUUAGUAGCUUGUCUA